AUGGCGUCUUCUACCAGGUUAGUUACUGAUUCCUUUCCAAAGACUAAAAAAGACAGACCGAUUAACCAAAAGCUAAAGCAAUCAAAGGCCAAAGAUGUGAUUCAUCAAAAAGGUAAGAAUUACUCACUAGUUUUGGGAAGCCCUAACGGUGGGUAGCCUGACAAUGGUGACAUGAUCGGGGAGAUAUUUCUAGCUGUAGCCAUAGAUUUCCCCUGGCUGCUUUAGGACAACCUCCGGCUGCCUGGGUCCAUUCUGAUUGUUCAUGUGCUUAGCAUACUGCUUGGCAGUCUACAAGCUGCAAGCUAAGAGUGUUUGGUAAUCAAAUAUAGACAAUGGGUUGAGUUUAAUUACCAGUCCAGGUCCAUUCUUGGAUUGAGUUCAAUUACCAAACAUUCAACAGCCAUUUAUCUUUUCUUUAGAUCAAAAGGAAACUAAGGACCAGGAACUGAACCUUGAAAAAGCCCUCUUGGUAUUAAAAGAAUUUGACUUAGACACUGAAUAUGGCCCCUGUAUUGGUAAGUUAACAAUGUUUAAUAGGUAUAGCCAAGACAAUUCACAAGAUGGCAGUGAUGACAGUGUGUGCAGAUCUAAAAACUAACUUGACUACUGGCAGAAUGACUUAGGCUCAAUUUCCAUGUUGAAUCGGGAAUAGGAGCGCGGGCUCAUUUCCUGAACAGAAGCUGGUAAUUGAGACUAAGACUAACUUUGAUUCCGUUCAGUCCUUUCCUCCCUGUACCCAAUACUAAUAAUUUAAAUGGGGAUUUUCCAGCAUAGUCUCACACUUAAGUCAUUUAGGAAGAAUUAAAACUGUUGAAUUAUAAAUUAUGGAGAUUCCGCUAAUACUGGCUGAUGGCUUCACUCUAUAAAAUUGUUAAAACUUUUCUCUGGUAAAACAUUCCAAACAAAAUUGAAGCUUUUUAGUUAACCGAUACUGUUGCCUUCAAAUGCAGUCAUUAUUUGAUCUUUAAGGUAUGGAGAUUGAAACUCUGUUUUAGGCUACAAAACACAAAGUGAAUAAGGACACCAAAGAAAAGACCUCUCAGGAGGGCUUUGGGUCAUGGACUGUGAUGACCAUGUUACAUUCACUUUUCACCCAUAAAGCAAAGGGAAAUUAUUGUGGCCGGAUUGAAUGUUUGACUUGUUAGCAACAAUUUGUUUGGUUUUGAUUUUUCAAGCUAUAGGUGGCGGCAACUAAAAAGUGUUUGAUCAUGCAGCAUGAAAUUACAUUUUGUUCUCUAAUCACUCUGCAGUGAAACGAGAACAAAUCAUUUUCACUCUAGAAACCAUGAAGCGCAGAUAACAAAUAAUCACGCACACUGUCAAAAAUAACUCACGCAACAAAUACCAACACAUCCGUAUGUGUGCAUUCCUUAACGUGAGAAAAUACAUUUUGGUGGAUGUUAUAUUAAAUAUACAAGUCCAGUAAUUAUUGUGUUGAUAAGUGUUGUUAUUAUUAAUUUUCUGUUACACAUUAUGUUGUGACUUUUCAAGGAAUUACCAGGUUAGAGAGGUGGGAGAGAGCUGAGGAAUAUGGGCUUUACCCACCAAGAGAAGUCAAGUCAAUCAUUCUGCAACAUCCUAAUGACACUACAUUUACUGAAUGGUAUGUAGCAAUAUUAUUGUUCUUUUCUCUGUUCUGUAUUGUUCCUUGA